AUGCUCCCAUCUUCAAGCCUUAUCGAGCUUAUCCUCCUGGCUGCAGCGACCACAGGGGGUAGCGCAACUCUGCUCGCCCCUCUCGCUCGUCAAGACCUCCGGUCUUAUCUCUCCAGUGCCGUCGGGGGAGACGCGGCGAGGGCGCAGUUCCAAGACGAGCCGGAUUUCAUCUCAAAAGAUGUCAACCAUCGCAACCUCAACCUGCAGUACAAGCCGUUUGCGGUCCUGUAUCCCAAGACAAAAGAUGAGAUCUCUGAGGCGCUAGCUUGUGCUGUGAAGCACAAGCGCAAGGUCCAGCCCCGAAGCGGUGGCAGAGACUUUAUCAACAAGUGCUUGGGAGGCGCCGACGAUGCUGUCGUUGUCGACUUGAAGCACUUCAAUCACCUCGGUGUAGACAAAACUACGGGCAUCGCAACCGUCGGGCCUGGCAACUUGCUCAAAGACCUCGUCGAAGGCCUCAACAAUGCUGGACGCUUCAUGCCCCAUGGGUCUUCUCCGACUGUUGGCGUCGGCGGUCUCAUCGCGGUCGGCGGCAUCGGCUAUACCUCUCGCGAGAAUGGCCUUUCCAUCGAUGUCAUGCAAGAGGUUGAGGUUGUUCUUGCCAACGGCACCGUCACUCGCGCCACCAAGCACAGUAACCCAGACCUAUUCUGGGCCAUGACCGGUGCUGGCGCCAGUUUCGGCAUCGCAACCGAGUUCAAGUUUCAGACGAAGCCCAUGGUCAAGGAGCUCACCACUUUCAGCUAUAACUAUUCGACCACCGACAAGGCCCUCCUCACUCGCGCUAUGAAGGCAUUUAACAAGCUGGCGUCGGAUGAGAGCACGUCUCGAAAGCUGGGCGGAUCCGGCAAUCUUGCCAAGAACAGCUUUUACGUCAGCGGUGUCUUUCUGGGCCCUAAUAAGGACUUUGAUGCCCUCAGCUUGGGCAAACACUUCCCAUCGGGCGCUGAAAAGACCGUCCGCGGCGGUAUCUCUUGGAUCAACUACAUGAGCGGCCUCUUCCGGGGUGCUACCAGCGUUCCAGGCCAGGCUUACUCCUACGCAAAGGAUCUCGCUGUUAGCGGUAGAAAUGUGCCAUCGGACUCCGCCGUCGAGAAGUUUGUCGAAUUUGUCAACGAUGUGGCCACGGGUGCUACCCCUUUUCCCCACCGCGACCUCCGUUACUUCGUGUCGGCCUACGCCACCACGGCACAGGAAACAGGCGAGAAGACCAAGAAGUUCAUCGAUGAUGCAAUUCUUGCGCUCCAGAACAACAAGCCAGCCAAUUACCUGCAUUACGCGGGUGUUCCCAAUUUGCGCCUGGGCGGCAAGGCUCAGGAAAAGUAUUGGGGAUCCAACCUUCUCAGACUCGAGAAGAUCAAGGCCGCGGUUGAUCCCGAUGACCUCUUCUCCACUACUCAGAACGUCAAGCCCCGUGCAUAA